CUUCAGUCGGGCCGCGGCGACGGCGGUAGGAGCGCGUCCCGGCGCCACCUAGGGCUCCGCUCGCCUCGGGGGCUGCUCCGGGAGGAGGCGAGCGAGGCGAGGCGCGGCUAGCCGCAGGGGCCACGGGCCGGGCGCAUGGCUUAGGGACGCCCCCGUUCGCCGCGCCCCCAGCAUGGGGAAACUUCACUCCAAGCCGGCCGCCGUGUGCAAGCGCAGGGAGAGCCCGGAAGGUGACAGCUUCGCUGUGAGCGCCGCCUGGGCUCGGAAAGGCAUCGAGGAGUGGAUCGGGAGGCAGCGCUGCUCGGGCGGCAGCUCCGGACCCCGACAGCUGCGGGCAGCGGGCACUGUUGGCAGAGGAACCCGGGAGCUUGUGGGCGAAGUUUUCAGAGAAACGCUCAGCGAGGAAGAAGAGGAAGACUUUCGGCUAGAAGUGGCCCUGCCUCCCGAGAAGACAGACGGGCUGGCGAGUGGGGAUGAGAAGAGGAUGGAGAAGGUGAGCGAAUCCUGCCCGGGCUCCAAGAAGCAGCUGAAGUUUGAAGAGCUCCAGUGUGACGUGUCUGUGGAGGAGGACAGCCGGCAGGAGUGGACCUUUACCCUGUAUGACUUUGACAACAACGGCAAGGUCACCCGUGAGGACAUCACCAGCCUACUGCACACCAUCUACGAGGUGGUCGACUCCUCCGUCAACCACUCCCCGACAUCGAGCAAGACGCUGCGGGUGAAGCUCACCGUGGCCCCCGAUGGGAGCCAGAGCAGGAAGAGCAUCCUUGUCAAUCACCCCGGUGAGGGGCUGGAGGCCCAUCCUGGCCGUGGGGACCUGCAGAGCACCAGGCCCAGAGCGGAGACCAAGCCCGCCGAGGAGCUGCGAAGCUGGGAGAAGAAGCAGCGAGCCCUCCUCAGGUUCCAGGGUGACAGCCGUCUGGAGCAGCAUGGCUGCUACCACCAUUGCGUGGAUGAAAACAUUGAGAGGAGAAACCACUACUUAGAUCUCGCCGGGAUAGAAAACUACACAUCCCAGUUUGGGCCUGGCUCCCUGUCCGUGGCCCAGAAGUCAGAACUGGCCCCCCGCACCUCCAACCCGACUCGAUCUCGCUCGCAUGAGCCAGAAGCCGUCCACGUCCCGCAGCGGAAGCCGCCCGGCGCGGACCCGGCCUCCUUCCACUUCCUUGACGCCCCAUUCGCCAAGGUCUCGGAGGUCCAGCAGCGGCUCCGGGCCACCCAGGACGGGAGCAAGCACUUUGUGAGGUCCCCCAAGGCCCAGGGCAAGAGUGUGGGUGUGGGCCACGCGGCCAGAGGGGCAAGAAGCAAACCCCCCGUGGGACCCGCCGUCCCUGCGGUGUCCCCGUCCGCCCACCUGGCCGCCAGCCCGGCCCUGCUCCCCACUCUGGCGCCCCUCGGGCACAAGAAACACAAGCACCGCCCCAAGGAGAGCCAGCCGGGGUGCCGGGGCCUGCAGGCGCCGCUGGCCGUGGGCGGCCCCGUCGUGGGGCGGGACCACGUGAGGGAGCUGCCCGCCGUGGUGGUGUACGAGAGCCCGGCCGGCCAGGCGGUCCAGAGACACGAGCAUCACCACCACCACGAGCACCACCACCAUUACCACCACUUCUACCAGACAUAGAGCCCCGCCCCCUGCCCCGCCCCCGCCGUAUGAAGGAACCCCUCCCCCUGCCCCCAAGGCAUUAUUAUUCUAUUAAUUAUUGUUAUUAUGACGAUUAUUGUUAUUAAUAAUUAUUGUUACUCCACUAAUAUUCAGCUAGCCUCCAUGUAGAAGAUAUAUGGAAACACAGAACUUAACUUUUAUUUAUAUAUUGUGGGGACUGCAUAACUUACCCAAGAAGUGACUCUGGGUCUGGAAGUGGCCUGUAGCGGCAGAGGCUCCCUGGGGAUCUGGAGCUGCCGGGUCUACGAAGGACAUCCCACACCCAUCCCAGCCCCGGGAGCCCUUGGCCAGAGCUCUGCCCCACCCUAGUCUCUUCCAAAAGAACACCCUUACCUGGCCUGGCUUCCAGAGACCCUCGAAAUCUCCGAGAAGAUAAACAGCUGCUACCUCUUAGUAUUAUUCGGAUUUUAUUUUGCCCUUAACUGAUUGCAAUGUGCUACAAGGGAUUUCAGCGGACUGCAGACGUGCGACCUUCCCAGCUGUUGUGUUUUUAUGUCCCAGCCUAGAAACCUUAGCUGUCCUUUCUGGAGUUAUCUUUCAUGCGUUUCCAGUGGGAUCAUGCCCUCGCCCCAAACCACUCCCAUCUUCUCUGCCAUGUGCCACAUGAAAAUACACCUCUCUCCUUUCUCUCCUCCUCCUCCUCUCUUCUUUAGAAAGAUACACACACAUGUUUGAAGACUACCCCCUGAAACCGGCCUUCUUAUUUUGGAAACCUCUGGAGAGGGAACCAACCACAUAAACAAGCGUGGUUUUCCAAGAUUGGGCAAUUGUGUGUUGUUGGUUGUGACCGAAGAUGUGGAAACCUCGGGUCCUAUCGUUGGCAAAUAUAGAUGUACCUACGUGGUUCUCUAACAGAGCUUCCUGUAUCUAUAGGUAGAUGCCGUCAGUCCGUUUCUAUGUAUCUUUCUAUAAAUAUACACUCUCAGGUA